AUGAAUGAAGAUCAGGCAAAACUCGACGCCACGGAAUAUGGGCCUCGCAACUGCCCCCCAGGCUUCUCCGAUCACUCGUUCAAGACCGACAGCGGCGUAUAUCUCGCUGUACGAAUCUGGCCCGCUGAUCCUCCCGUUGAUGAGCCAGCUCCAGUUGUUUUUUACACCCACGGCGGCGGCUGGUUUGCAGGAAAUCACUUCGUGCCGCUCCCAUGGAUGCAACCUGGCUUUCGCCAGCGAGGCUAUCAUAUGGUAUCACACAACUUCCGGCUUGGUCCGCAGGCGAGCUAUGAAAUGCAGUUGCAGGAUUCUUUGGAUGCUGUGAGUUGGUGCCGGGCCAAUCUCCCGUCCAUACUCGGCACAGACACGGUAGACGUGAGCCAGCUGAUCCUCUGCGGUGAGUCAGGCGGCGCACUUCUCACUGGCCUCAUGGGACACCAUCUAUCACCACCGCCAAAGGCUGUCAUUCUCGUUUAUGGAAUAGUUGAUCCAGCAGCGGCGUGGCCCAUUGUAGCGCCGGUUCCCGAGAACUCGGGAGUCGCGCCGCCAUGGGUUGGCGAGUUCUCUGAUAAUGAGCUAGAGGAAUUUCUGAAGGACCGAGAUGAAACCAACAUGUUGACGGAUGCGCUAUGGGCUGAUGAGCAUAAGACUUCGUCCGAACAGGUGCUGAGUAGACGUUGGGCGACCGAUUUCCGCUUCACCCGUCGGAUACGACUUCAGGCGGAGCUUCACCAGUGGCGAUCUGACAUAGCUGCGCGUAUCGGUUCUACUGUCAGGUCGGUACGCCUAGGCUCGCUACAUGCUGAGCGCUUUGCGGAUGAAGCAGCCCUGACUGCGUUUCUGCUAUCUAUGUCACCAUCUCCUCUUCUCGAGACGAAGACAUGGUAUCCCCCUACGGCUUUCCUGCAUGGCAUGGAUGAUAGGGCAGCUCCGCUCGCACAAAGCCAGGCAAUGGCUAGGCGUCUCAAGACGAUGAAUGUACCGGUCGUCGAAAGCUACGAGCCUAAUGAAGAUCAUGUUUUCGAUCACAAGUAUACUAGCUCCGAUGUGCCGGGAUGGGACACAUAUAUCCAGCCCAUUCUGGAUUUUUGCAACCAACAUAUCUGGUAA